UGUUAACAAAAGUGAAAAGUGAAUUUAGUUAAUUCAAAGAUAAGACCCGUAUUUAUUGUUAGCUAAACCAUAUUGUUGUGAACGAAUUUAAUUUAUUUUCAGUACAAUACUGCUGAUAGAAUCGUGCGGUCUAAUAAUAGUGGUAAAAUGUCCGUUCUAUUGGUUAUUUGUCUGAUUUUAGUAACGAAAAUCUCUGCAAAUGACUGGAACACAACACAAGAAGAAGAUUAUUACAAUAACGAUGAUUAUUACAAUAACGAAGAAAAUUACCGAAAAAUAAUAAAUGAACCUCCCGGUGCGGCAGCAUUAAACACAAAUAUCACAGCAAAUAAAACUAUAAUUGCAACCAAUAUUACUGUUAGUAAUAAUGACACAAACGAAGGUUUACAAGCAGACACAUCUCAAAUAAUAAAUUCAUACCCACCUUACACAUCAUACGAAGUUACUGAAAACGUUAUUGAUAUUCCUGAUGACAGAAAACCAGUUGGACCUAUAGUCACUAACUUUACUAUUAGACCUAAUUUAAACCUGGGUAAACCUAAUAAUAAUACAGUUACAGAUGAAGUAAAUGGAGCUAAUAUUAAGACUAAGAAAAACCGUGUAAGCAUACUACAUAUAAAUGCAGAGUUCGAUAAUCAUGAUAAAUACAACGAAAUACCCAAUGAUAAGUUUGGUGGUAUUUUCAAAGGAAUUAAGAAUUAUUUUCAUAAUAUACAUAGGAAUAUUGUUAAUUCUUUCCAUAGUUUGUUUCAUAAGCAUCAAGAUCAGCAUGAUCAUGGAGAGAGGUUUGAUUGAGAUGUUGUAAAGUGAACUUUAAGUUGUAAGUGAUAGAGUUCAAAAUGUAAGUACACCGAUA